AUGGCUCGCCGUCAAGACCGUGGAGGUUUGCUCAAGGAAGAGGAACGCCCUACCUCUGGCCCCAUGUCUCUUGCAGGCUUCAUCAGGCCAGAAGGUGGCCGCCGAAAGAAUAGCAAUAGGAUUUGGCGACCUUUCCAGCUAAGCGAUCUUGGAGAUGAAGAUUCAGAUGAUAGCUCCAACGAUGUCGAAGAGAUUGAUGUCGAGAAAGACCCGGUUGCAAGCUAUAAGAUUAACAGAAGAUCUACUAAUGAUUCCAUUCGAGCGACCGCCGCUCCUUUCCACCCGAAGGCCUUCCUCACAACUUUGCUGCAAGCAUCGACGACAGGCAAACAAAAGAGUGAGAAACCCCCGAGACUUCUCAACCCAGAAGCGGCACCCGUUGUAUUCGCGAAGAAAAGCACUGAAGCUCCCGGCCUCACUGAUGCAGGCCGCGACAUCAAGGAGGAAUACAUUAGGGUGUUUGGGAAGCCCUUGCCUAACCCGAUCAGCCUCUCAGGGAGUCUUGGGGAAUUUGACGGUCAAGUCAAGUUCAUAGGCCAUCCAAACCAUGAUGUCUCAGCACACCAGUGGUCAGCAGAGUCCUACCAGUGGGUAAACAUUGGUCUUUACUCUCACAGCCGUGGCAGGAUUGAGGGAUCUUUAGCUUCAGACCGUCUCCAAGCUUCGCUUGUUCGAUUCAAUUCAGUCGAAUACUUCAAGACCGUCGCAGAUCUGCGACAACGCCCCGGACAGAUGAGGCCCCAAUUCGAGAAUACUCAAACAGCUAGUCAGCCUUGCAGUCAAAAGUCGACAGACCACCAUCGUCAUAGCCUUUUCGAGACUCCGUACUUCGAUUCGUCUUCCUCCAGUGCAGGUCCCAGCCAAGAUUCGCCUUCGCUCAACAAUACCACAAACCAACACGCUGGGUCCAAUUAUGAGUCAACACGGGCAGAUCUGGGAAUGAUUAAAAUUGGCUCCAAUCUCCUAGAAGACCCCUUCGUUGCCAGUAAAGACGACCAAUUCAACACUCGCACAGAGAUGGCAAGGACUUUCUACUCCUCCGACAUCAGCAAGUCUGACUGGAACACCAUUUUCCCUACGAUAUCUGCUCCUCGUGUUGCCGACACCACAUAUCCAGCACUUGGCAGCUUUGCAGAGCUUGAGAAACAAAACUUCAUGCGUGAUGAACAGCGGCGAAUUGAUGCAAUGAGGUUCAACAUUUCAUCCGCAGGCCGAGCAAGUGACCACACUUGGCUCAAUUCAACUCUAUCCCACAAUGAGGCUCCGCAACGACAGACAACUGAAGGACCAUUCCCAUUGUCGGGAGUCCAAAACAGCCACUUGCCGAUCACUAGACCGACCGUCAAUUCAAAUCUGACUGUUCCGGAUUUCUUCACUCAUGAUCACCGGACUUCGGUAUCAAAGUCGCAGCCUACAGCCGGCUAUACCAUCGCGAAUCCGCACCGCAACAACUCUUCUAAUCUGAACGCAAAGGCCGCACCAUACAUUUCAAAGUCUGCCCUGCUUGAAUCGUCAGACGAAUUCGCGGCAGACAUUCAAGCCUUGAGUAACGAGACAGCGAAGAGAAAUGGCUAUAGCAACCUUGAACGCCCGCUUCCAGAUGCGAAUAUUCUCCGCGGCUGGCCAACAUCACAAAAUUGGAAUGGCCCUUUCUUCAUGGGCGAUACCCCAGACAACUGUAUCUCCCCUACCCCAGUGAGCAAAAUCCGUUAUGACGAACGCGGGGAACGCCUACAAGCAGCCAGUGCCGCUCUCAUGGCAACUGCGUAUGCGGAAAUGAAGUAUCGUCGCCAUCAAGCAGGAACUAUUCCCACGAACGACGGAACCAGAUUCGAGGACACCCCAGUCUUUGUUAGACUGCACGAUAAUCUACUUCCGUAUGUCCAAGAAAACCGCUCGAGCCGAGCACGAGACUACUUUACUUCGGCAUGGGAUUCGCGCAACGGCUUUCAAAUGGACGGCAGGCGUUACGGUAACGACAGAUUCUUCAGCGAAGGAUGGCUUGGAUCACCUUUACCAGCUUCGGAUUUGAACAGCAAUCAUCGAAGUCUUAAUGUAGACUCCUGGAACGACCGACCAAUGUUCAACAGCCUUUCAUGUCACCACCCUUCAGUCAUCGGCAGUGAACGGGCCAACAUGAGAGCACCGAGGAUCCGCUAA